UAACGCAUGAGACAUAAGGGCGUAUGAAAAUAUAACGCAAAGUAUUGCAAUGGACGAUGGGAAAAACGAUAUAAAAUCUGAACGAUUUUAUUAAAAAAAUAUUAUUUUAUAGUUCAUUGCUUUAUUAGCUAUUAUUCAGGGAGCUUGAAAGGUAUUUCCAUGGCGCAUUGCAUAACAAACUGUAGUGCUUGCAAUAUCGAAAUGUUUUAAAGCUGCGUAUCAAAACACGUCAAACGCAGCGAUGAUGGGACCCGCAAACCAAAACACUACAAAGAUGAAAACAAACUUUGUGCCCCGAGUGAAUCAGCUCGACUCCAUACAACUCGACAAUGAGAUAACAAAUCUUCUACGGCAGCAGAUACAAAACGUUCUGCAAGUUCUACCGCCCGGGUUGUUGAGCCACCUGCAGCCAGAGAUUAAUUUUGUGUUGAAUUCGGCAUUAUGGAACUUUUCGAUCCGCACUGCAUACGCCACCUUUGGGCAGCAGAUGCUCUCAAUUACCUACGAGAAGGAUCAACUACCAACGGGGAAGUUAGCAUUGCAUUACUUUCUAACUACAGCCUUACCAUACGCCAAAGAAAUCUGCCAGUACCGUCUUACCAGCUGGUCAAGGGUGCAAAAGCUGGUACAGCUAGCUGAGAACGCCCUCGUUCUAUUCAAUCUGGUGAACUUUUUUAAAUUUCUUCGCUCGGGUACGAGGCCCUCGCUGGUGGACUGUCUGCUGCGUAUCAAUCAUCGGUCGUUGGAUGGAGCUAAGCGACGAAACAUCGGUUACUCAUAUAUGACGCGUGAAUUGGUUUGGGCCGGCUUUAUGGAGCUGCUCGGGUUCACAAUUCCCUUCGUAAACUAUCAUGCAUUGAAGCGAAAGAUUAGGAAUUUGUUGCGACUCGAAACGACCCAUCGACAAGACGAGCGAGUUGAACUGAACGCGGAAACUAAAUGUGCUUACUGCAAUGAGCGUGUGAUUCUUCCACACCAAAUGGGCUGUAGGCAUGUGUUUUGUUACCUCUGCUUAAAAGGUAACCAGCUAGCGGAUGCCGGAUUCCAGUGCAAUGUGUGUGAUUAUCGGAGUGAUACGUUUCGGAAGGUUGUAGUUUUGUAAGAAAAAUGUUACAUUUAUUCACACGGUUACGGGUUACUAUCGGGUGUUUGUUGAGAUGUUGCAAUGCGAAUCAGUGGAUAAUAGAUUGAUGAAUGGAAACAUACCGAA